AGAGAGCUGGGUUCUUUGAGUGAUUGGCUGAGCUGGGCUGUACUAACUCAGGUAAGAACUGAUGUUCAAGUCCCGGCUGGCUCCCGAGGGGUAGAGGCAGCAAGACUAGAAAGAAACCAGGGUCUGCAGUCAGAGACAGAGUGAAUACAGAUCCAGGCUUGGAGCUGAGCAAAAGCUACGGUCAGGCAUGGCAGACAGUACCGAGAAAGUGCCCAUAGCUCUGGCUGGGCCCGAAGAUGUGGAGCAGUGCAUGCCACCAGCAUACUCAGCGGUGACAGGGAAGCCAACUACCAGCAGUCGGCUACUCAAAUUUGGCGCUGUGGUACUUCUAGUUGGAGCUGUUCUGCUUCUCUUGGGAACAAUUGGAGCUUUUUACUUUUGGAAAGUCAGUGACAAGCAUGUAUAUAAUGUACAUUAUAGUAUGAGCAUCAAUGGAAGAGUGCAGGAGGGAUCCAUGGAAAUAGAUACAGAAAAUAACCAGGAGACCUUCAAAACAGGAAGUGGAAAUGACGAGGCAGUAGAAGUUCAUGACUUCCAAAUUGGGAUAACAGGAAUCCGCUUUGCUGGUGGAGAGAAAUGCUACAUUAAAGCACAGUCCAAGGCUCAUCUCCCAGAUAUGGACAGUCUGAGUAAGGAAACAAUGUCUUUUGACCUGGAAGAUGAAAUCAUGCCAGCUAAGUUUGAUGAGGAGUCUCUAAUUUGGAUAGCUGCAGAAGAACCUAUAAAGGACAACAGUUUUUUGAGCCCCAAAAUCCUGGAUCUCUGUGGUGAACUUCCUAUUUUCUGGCUCCGCCCAACAUACCCAAAAGAUGGACAGAGGAAGAAGAGAGAAGUCAAGAGAAUGAAACGUCAGCGUACGCCAGCAACAGCCAGCAGAAAUCAAGAUGCUGAUAGAGCUGUUCCUGAAGCACGUUCACCAAGACCUGAGGAAGAGGAGGAGGAGACACCCACAUUUAACCCAGAAAACCCCUACCAUCAAAUAGAAGGAGAGGAAGGUGAAAUGAUCAUCGACCCAAGGCUUGACCAUGAAGGGAUCUGCUGUGCAGAAUGUAGACGUGGAUAUACACACUGCCAGAGGAUAUGCGAACCUUUGCGUGGUUACUACCCAUAUCCAUACAACUAUGAUGGAUGUCGUGUGUCAUGCAGAGUUAUUAUGCCAUGCAGAUGGUGGGUUGCACGCAUACUUGGUUUGGUGUAACCUUAUUACUGCUUUUCUUCUGUAUGAAGAACUAAGCAAAAUGAUACAAACACUACAAUCUGGAGAUUAAUGUUUAUUGUCAGUAAAAAAGGAAAAUGUAUUUUUGUGUUAGACCAGGUAUUGUUUAAUUCCAAAUGUAAAUAAGUGGAAAUUUAAAUUUUGCUUUGUGUUAGUUAACAUUUUAGUUGACUUGAAAGUGUACAGGCUGUCAUUUAUUUAGAUGAACAUUUGUUAAACUAUAAUAGAGUAUGCAAUAUAAUACAAUGAAAAAUGUUUGAGGCUAUGUUCUCAAAUGUGCAGUAUCAAGGAAAAACAGAGUAACACUGAUUUGUUUUAAAAAACAGCUUUCAGCAAAUAAGUCCUUUCUUUUACAAAAAUGGUUAUUGGUUGAAAAAUAAACUGCUAAGGCUUCUUUUAAUAUGUGUCUUGGCAUACAUAAAUAAAAUUAAGUUGCUAUUCUCA